AUGUUUAAUUUACUUGUUUUAAAACACAUGUAUUAUAGCAAUAUAUUUAUCAGAAAUUGCUUAAUUUUUGAAAAAAAACUGAAUUAUUCUUUUUUUUAUAAUAAUAACAAAUGUUUACACUUAAAAAGAACAUUUAAAAUCAAUGAAAAUAAAAAGAAUGAACUACUAAAAAUUGAAAUUAAAAAUAUAACAUACAUAUCUAAAAAAAUUAAAAAUAAUAUCAUAUUUUACGAAAAUUCUAAAUAUUUCUCUAUAAAUACAAAACGUAACUUUAAUAUAGAACAUAAUAAUAAUCAAAAGAAGGAAAAAGAUGGAAAUUAUACAAAUGAAAUAUUUGUGGAAGAGAAUAAUAAAAAGACAACUUCUAAUAAUGAUAAAAAAGAGGAUGAAAAAAUAUUGAUAGAAAAUACGGAUGAAAUAGAUGAAGAUAUAAAAAAAAGUCUUUUAGAAGUAUUUAAAUAUAAAGAAUUCACAGAUGUUCAAAAAAUAAUAUAUAAAAGUAUAAUAAAAGAAAAAAAAAAAAAUGACUUAUUAGUUCAGGCAAAAACAGGAACUGGUAAAACCAUAUCAUAUUUAUUAUUAGUAAUUAACGAUAUUUUAAAAAAUAAAAUUUUGAGUGUUCACACUCUUAUAAUAGUACCAACUAGAGAGUUAGCAAAUCAAAUAUACAAUGAAGCAAAGUUAUUGUUAACUUAUAAAAAUAAUAUUAAUGUUUUAACUCUUACAGGAGGAACAAAAAGAAGAGAAGAUCAAAUAAAUAUAAGAAGAGUUAAACCUGAUAUUAUUAUUUGCACUGUUGGAAGACUGUUAGAUCAUUUUGAAUGUACAUACUUAUUUAAUACAUUAUUUCAUAAUUUAAGAAUGUUGAUAAUUGACGAAGCAGAUCAAUUAUUAAGUUUUGGUUAUCAAAAUGAUAUUAAUAGAAUAUUAUCAUAUUUACCAAAAAACAGAAGAAAUUUUCUUUUUUCUGCAACUUUAAGCCAUAAUUUAGAUGAUAUAAGAAAAAAUAUGUGUAAAUCAGAUUACAUUUUUUUAAAUUGUAUAAAAGAUACUACAAAACAUACUAACGAUCAAUUAAAACAAUUUGUUAUAUUUCAUAAGGCAAUUGAUACAACAGUAAUAUUAUAUAAUUUAUUAAUUGAACAUAUGAGAUUAAAUCAGUUCACAUAUAAAAUUAUAGUAUUUUUUCCUACUGCUAGAGCUACUUCAUUUUAUGCUACUUUUUUUAAAAACCAAAUGAAAAUUUCAGUUUAUGAAAUUCAUAGAAAAAAAGAACCAACUCAUAGGCAAAUUACAUCUAAUAGAUUUUAUAUGGAAUCUGUUGGAAUAUUAUUUACUUCAGAUAUAAGCUCAAGAGGAAUAAACUAUCCAGAUGUUACCUUAAUUAUUCAAGUGAAUUGUGCUAUUUCUAGAGAGCAAUAUAUUCAUAGAGUUGGAAGAACAGCAAGAAGUAAUAAAGAAGGUAUGGCCAUUAUUUUGUUAAACGAAGCUGAUGAAUUAUUUUAUGAACAAAUAAAAGAUUUAAAUAUUGAAAAAAUAAAUUCAGAUGAAUACACAAUAAGAAAUACUAAUGUUUCUAAUUAUUUAAAUAGUUGGAUGUCUAAUACGCAGUUAUUAUAUUUAGCUUAUGCUUAUUAUUCUUCCUUAUUAAGAUUUUACAAAACAAAAUAUACUAUUCUUAAGUUAAGUGAUGAUGAUAUUAUUGAUGUCGUUAAUAGUAUUUUAUUAUCUACUGGAUUAGUAGAACAACCACAUAUUUCAAGUAAACUAGCCGCAACAUUAAAUAUGCAAAGUAAUCCGAAACUUAAGAUUAGAAAAGAUUUAGAUGAUUUAUUAUUAUAA